AUGAAGGUUGUUUUUUGUUGUAUAUAUUUCUACAUAACAAUUACCCAUGCCGGAUACAUAGGACACCCAUUUACCCCAUUUGGAAAUGUGAUAGCUCAUCAUUCUUUUGCAACAUUCACACCCGUCAUCCAUCCAUUCCCUCAAGUCCACGCGACGUUUUACAAACAACAUUUCGUACCGCAAUUUUUUCCGCAAGUUGUACCCCAUAAUAUAAUUUAUCAUAGCGUUCCCGGAGUUAUACAAUUAGUACCCGUUGUACCCGGAAAGGAUGGUGAUAAAGGUACUAAAAAACCCGACGAUAUGAAACCAACGGAGGGUAAAGAUUUUAAAAAGGAAGAAACAACUGAAGAACCUAAAAAAGAUGAAAAAAAAAGUGACGGUGAAGAUUUAAAAGCUUGA